AUGUUUUAUAUCGAUGUAAGUGAUAACAAGUUUACCGGUGAAAUUCCGACUAAUGUUUCGUCGUGGACGAGUUUGGGUAUGUUCAAGGCAGCCAACAAUAAGCUGUCGGGCACAAUCCCGGCCGAAGUGGCGAGCCUAAACAUGCUUACGGAUUUGAAUCUUUCCUCGAAUAAUUUAUCGGGUUCGAUUUCGCCUGAGUUUGGUUCUUUACAUGCACUUAAAAGUUUGGAUUUGUCGAAUAACCAACUUUGGGGUGAGAUCCCACCUCAGUUAGGAAACUUGACGCUCACUUUCCUAAACCUUUCUUCAAAUCUUCUCACCGGAAAAGUUCCCGACAAGUUUGAUAACGCGGCGUUUAACAGAAGUUUUCUGAACAAUCCGGGUCUUUGUGCCACAAUCAAAAUCUCCGACCUUCCCGUUUGCAACGCCUUCACGUGUGCAAAUGGAAAUUAA